CUUCUUCCUUGCUAUGGUUGGUAGAGAUUCAGUGACAGGAUUCGUCGUAAGUCAUACCGUAUCUCUUAUAUGUGGAAGGAACUUACAACUAGCAAGUGUCAAUUGUACUGCCAAGGAAGAUUUCCAACUAUUAAACUGUGAUUUUUAUUUAAACGGGAAUUUUAGUUUACUAGAUUUCCUCAUAGCUACCGAAAACCAGCUAAGACACUGCAUAUCAGAAAUUUCAGUCAUUGAAGCUUUGUUUUGUCUUUUUAUUAAAAGUCAAUUGUGCUCCUAGUUAUUUUGAAAGUUUCGUAAUUAUUAGUUUCUGCGAAUUGUAGACGGCAGCGACGAAUUGAUGCCAUGAAUUUCGAAGAGUGGCAGCGAGUGGAAGAAACGGCAAUUGGGGACAAAUGUCUACAAAAGUUAGAUGAAUUGGAAAAUAAUCUUCUAGCUACCAAGGAUUCAUGCUCCAAGGACCCUCAGAACGCGUCGAAGCAAAUAAAGAGUUCUUGUACAAAAACAGAGCAAGUCUUCGAUGAUAUGAAAAAGUUGGAAAAAAAGUUCAAUUCUUCUAUGAAUAAAUUUGGGAAAACACUAGAUCGAAAAUUUAAUUUCAACUUAGAAGACAUCAGCUUACAUUCUUCGUUCGAAGACAAAAAGAAAGAGCUAAACACAGCUCUGGCUUUGCAUUUUUUUCGCCAAGGAGAAACAGAAAUUGCUCAUUCCUUUUGUAAAGAAGCAGGCAUUGAGGAGCCUCCCAACAUGGUCCAGGCAUUUACCCUUCUCAACACGAUUCUUCAAGGAAUUCGUCAGCAUAAUCUAGAAUUAGCAAUUGACUGGGCACUUCAAUGCCGUGGAUAUUUGGAAAGAAAAGGAAGCAAUCUGGAGUUUUUGUUGCAUCGACACCAGUUACUGAAUGAGUAUUUUCAGAACGGGGAUGUUUUAGCAGCUAUCCAUUACUGUCGUACAUAUUUAACGGAAUUUCAAGAUAAACACUUGAAAGAAAUCCAAAAGCUAAUUGGUGCAUUGUUUUUUAGCUCUAGAAGUGCUGAUGUUCUUCCUUCCCAAAAGAAUGGAUCCCAAAAUGGCCUUUCAGAACAAGAGAAAUUAAGCCAGCCUCCAAACGACAUUCCAGAGGACUACCGAAAAGUUUUACGUCUUGACUGGAAGCAUUUAGAGUUAAUUUUUGUUCGUGAAUUUUGUGCCGCUUUAGGCAUGUCUUUGGAUUCUCCUGUGGAUAUCGUAGUAAAUGCUGGCUCAAUUGCUCUCCCGGUUUUAUUGAAGGUAUCCAAUAUCAUGAAGCAAAAGCAUACUGAAUGGACCUCACAAAAUGAGUUACCAGUCGAAAUUCAUUUACCCAGCAACUACCACUUUCACAGUGUUUUUACUUGUCCUGUCAGCAAAGAACAAGCUACCGAGGAGAACCCUCCCAUGAUGAUGUCUUGCGGUCAUGUUAUCGCUCGAGAAAGUCUUCGACAACUUUCAAGAAAUGGCUCCCAACAUUUUAAAUGCCCCUACUGUCCUAAUGAAAAUGAUGCUGAUAGCUCUAUUCGAGUUUAUUUUUAAUGAAUUCUCUAAUGUGAUGGCUACGACUUGCUUUUCUAUGAAAACUUGAUCAUUAUAAUAUUAUUAAAAGAAGAACACGAAGAAAGGAUUGAAUGCUACAAUGCAGACUUUGAGUCUCACUGUUUCAUCAAUUGACUUAAUGCCUUUUUAUCAAAUAUUUUCCUUGUUACUUGUUUGCCUUUGUUACCUGAAGUGACGUUUUUCUUAUAGUCAGAUGUCCCUUGCAAAAUCAGUGAAAACCUAUUUUUUCGCAACCAGGAAUU